AUGGUCGCUCUAACGCCAUGUUCAUCCCCGCUUCCAACAAACCCCUGCGGAGUGACCGGCUCAAAGAACGGGCCCGCGCUGCCGUGCAAUAUCGGAGACAUGGAUAUUGGGACUCUCGGUUGGAGUAUGAGGCAACCGACCCGCUUAACACUUUCUUGGGAAGACUACCUUGGCAAAGAGGAGGCUUAUGCCGACGCUCAUCCGUACAUCCAGACACCCGGAGAAAUCCACGAAAAGUCAGAGGACCGCCCGAGUACCCAUUGGCUCAGACCGCGAGAGUCUACGCCUAUACAAUGUGUACGAUACGCUCUCCGCAAGCGUCUCACUUCCAGCACUGUGGAAUCGCAGAGUCGCACUGAUCUCACCCGCAAGUGA